AUGCCUGCCACGCUUGACGAUCCCAAGGAGUACCAGAGGAUCUUUCACUGGGCCGAGACUCAGAAGGAUGGCGCGGUGCCUUCGUUCGCGACGAGGAAGAAUGAUCCUUAUGAGUACCAAUCCGGCUUUGACAACUCCUUUGCUUCAGAAGCAGUACCAGGCACGAUACCACAGGGCCAAAAUAGCCCUCGGUCCGUGAGAUUUGGGCUCUACGCAGAGCAGAUGACCGCAUCCGCAUUCGUCGCGCCUCGCCAUCUGAACAAGAAGGCGUGGCUAUAUCGGGCGAGGCCCGCUGUCGCGCACCAGGGAUUUACCGAUCUUCCAGACAACAAAGACACAGAGUCCAAUUUCCUGCCACUGAACCCACGCGUCCACGUCUCACCCACUCAACUAGCCUGGCUCCCCUUCGACAUUCCGACCGAUGGCAAAGUCGACUUCGUGUCUGGGCUCAAGACCAUCGCGGGGUCUGGUGACCCAACCUUGCGAGAGGGACUGGCCGUCCAUACGUUCCUUGCUAACGCGAGCAUGGACAAGACCGCAACGGUGAACUCGGAUGGUGAUUACCUGAUCGUGCCCCAACAGGGCGCCCUCGACAUCCAGACGGAAUUUGGGAUGCUCUUCGUGCAGCCGGGCGAAAUCUGCGUUAUUCAGCGAGGCCAGAGGUUCAAGGUUGGACUUCCAGACGGGCCUUCGAGGGGCUACAUUCUAGAGAUAUGGGGCUCGAACUUCCAACUACCCGAGCUGGGACCGCUAGGAGCCAACGGCCUCGCCAACGCGCGAGACUUCCUCCAUCCCGUAGCAAAGUAUGAGAUCAAGCAGGAGCCGUGGCAGAUCAUCUACAAGCUCGGCGGCAAGUUCUUCAAGAGCACGCAGAACCACUCGCCCUUCGACGUCGUGGCCUGGCACGGCAACUACGUGCCGUACAAGUACGACCUCACGAAGUUCGUCAACGUUGGCUCCAUCUCCGUCGACCACAUCGACCCGUCCAUCUUCUGCGUCCUCACCGCCCCCUCAAGAGACCCAAGCGCCCCGCUCGCGGACUUCCUCAUCUUCUCUCCGCGAUGGGACGUCGCGUCGCACACCUACCGCCCACCCUACUACCACCGCAACGCAGCCUCGGAACUUAUGGGCCUCAUCUACGGCGAGUACGGCGGGCGUUCCGACUCCUUCCAGCCCGGCGGCGUGUCAUUUGAGUGCGGAUUCGUGCCGCAUGGCGUCGCGUACGAGGAGUUCAAGGCCGCGAGCGAAGCGCCACCGCCGGAGAUGCGGAUUUCCAAGGAUGCGGUCGCGUUCAUGAUGGAGAGUUCGCGGCCGUUUACGAUUACGGACUGGGCGUGGACGAGCGGGAAGAAGCAUGAGCACGAGCCGAAGAUGUGGGAUAAUCUGGUGGAUAAUUUCAGCAAGCAUAAGGAUGAGGUGGAUAGGAUUUUGGCGGAGGGGGUCAAGAAGAUUGGGUUGGCUAAUGGGAAGUAGAGCUAGGAGGAUUGUCUUCGCUUUCAAUUUGACGAUUCAGCGUGGAGAUUUUGGGACGUUUGCAAGCUACCUAUGGUUGUAUAUGUGGAUCAAUUGAGCUCUGUUAAGAAUAAGUUGAAAAGGCGUCCGGAUGCGAGGAGCUUGGAUGAUACUAUGUGUCCGUGAUGUUUGUGCUUUUCAAGAGAAGUUGAAAAAUUGAAACCUAGGUCUUAGAUUCAUGCCUGAACAUGAGGUCUGUUAUUGUUAGUCUUUAUCAAUUCGAUUACCCCUGACUUCUGAUCUUCUAUGACCCUGUAGAGACCAUAUGUGCCUGGCUAAGAAGCUAUGCGCCUUAUAUUAUUUAGUUGCUGAUACGUUGAACUUGAAAAGGCUAUGAAUCAUAAAGUAUUACUGGAGUCUUCGGAAAAGGUGUAGAUCAAAUAGUC